CGCAGCACUUUAUGCCAUCUCCACGUUUCAUUUACUGGUUUCGUAUCGUGUGGGGAUUUCAGACGAUUAUAUCCCAGUGUGGGACCUUCUGCUGCCAAACGAGCCGCGUGUGUCACCGUGUCGUCUCCCAGCACACAAUCCGCAUUUGACGAACUUGUGAUCAGGACUAAUGGAGACAGCAGAAGUUUGUGAGAUCGAUGUGGCGACCAGAAGAAUAGUGGGAGGCAGUGAAUCUCCACCCGAACUGGACAGCCCUAGUCAGGAGGAGGUUGCUGAGUUUGGUUUGGGCUUGUGCUGCGCUGAGGAGGAGAGGGGGGAAACUCCAGGCAGAGAGGACAGUCCCAGUGACUUGGUGGAAGCUGAGCUUGAUCCCGGUGGCGACCCCAAGACUGUAGAGGACAAAGCUUUUGGGAAGGAGGUUGUUCUGCUGAUGCAGGCCCUGAACUCUUUAGCCACUCCGGAAGAGAAACUGGCUGCUCUGUGCAAGAAGUAUGCGGACCUGCUGGAAGAGAGCCGCUGCAUGCAGAAGCGACUAAAAGCCCUGCAGAAGAAGCAGGCUCAAAUUGUGAAAGAGAAGGUCCAUCUACAAGGGGAGCACAGCAAGGCCAUCCUCGCACGUAGCAAGCUGGAGAGCCUCUGUAGGGAGCUGCAGAGGCACAACAAAACACUGAAGGAGGAAAACGCUCAGCGGUCCAGGGAGUAUGAGGAGCAGCGGAAGGAGGCCAUGCUGCACUUCCAGAUGACCUUGAGUGACAUUGAGGUGCAGAUGGAGCAGCACAGCUCCCACAACACCAAGCUGAGGCAGGAGAACAUGGAAUUGGCUGAGAAGCUCAAGAAGCUCAUCGAGCAGUAUGAGCUGAGAGAGGAGCACAUAGACAAAGUGUUCAAGCACAAGGAGCUGCAGCAGCAGUUGAUGGACGCCAAGCUGCAGAGAAUCACUGAGAUGAUGAAAGAAGUGGAGGAGAAGCAGCAGAGGGAGAGAGACUUUCUUCUGAAGGACGCCACUGAGUCCAGACGCAAGUGUGAGCUGAUGAAGGAGCAGGAGACACAGCUCAAACAGCAGCUCUCACUGUACAUGGACAAGUUUGAGGAGUUCCAGAGCACUCUGGCUAAAAGCAACGAGGUCUUCACCACAUUCAGACAAGAGAUGGAAAAGAUGACCAAGAAGAUCAAGAAGCUAGAGAAGGAAACGACACAGUGGAAGACCAAGUGGGAGAGUAACAACCAGGCCCUGCUGCAGAUGGCAGAGGAGAAAACUCUGCGUGACGGCCACUUCAAGGCCUUGCAGGGGAAGCUGGAGCUGCUGGAGAGGCUGUGCAGAGCUCUGCAGAAGGAGAGGAACGACCUCAACAACCGGCUCAGCGUCCUACAGGAGGAGGGAGAUAAAGGGACCACAGUGGCUCAGGAGACCCAGCAGCCAGAGCCCUCAGAGGAGGAGGAGCAAGAGGAGCAAGAGGAGGGCCUCACACAGGGAGACGGACAGGAGACGGAGGGUGUCCACCAAGCUCCCAGACCACCUGAAUGUGACUCCUCACCGUCUGCCGCUGACGAACCCAUGACUGCUACGACGAGCAGUCGGCUCGCAGAAACCCCGACCACACAGCAGGACUGAGCCAACCCCUCGCUCUCUCUGUGUGUGUGUGUGUGUAGGUGAGAAGGAUGUGAUCAGAUGGCUCCACAUGCGUCCAGCCUAGUUCCACAACUAGCCAGACAAACCAUCUUCAAUGGAGAUAUAGAUUUUCUUUCUUUUUUUUAAGUCUACACUUGCCUCUCCAGGAAACGGAGCCCAUAUCUUUUGUGUAAUCAUUUAAGAAGAAUAAAGUGACUCUAUCAAGGAUUUUGUUCUAAGAAAUUGCCCUCAUUUUGCAUUGGUUCUUAAGAUUGGUUUCUGUGGCGAACACUUUCUACUCCCAUUUUCUACCAUAACUGUAUUUUCAUAACUGUCCAUCACACACUAGGUCCCUGUGGUCACAUCUCACAUGUCAGUGAAGCCUUACAAUGCGUUCAAGUUGUUACUUGCAUGACUUAAGUAGCCGGAUCAUUUGUGUUUACUUGCUUGACUUAAGUAAACACAACUGGACCACCACAAUGCUAGAGUUAACUGUUCUUAGUCUAAGUUAACAGCUUGAAUCAAGUGACUUAACACAUUUUCAGAAGUUGGUGGGAGAAAGAUUUCUUAGAAUUCUCACAGGCCCUCGACAUCUUUGCCCGGUCUUGCUAGCUCACUCUGAUGUUGGAAGGAUCUCAAUGCCAAUUCAGAUAUUUGAACUCAAUCAACUGAAGUGAACGGUCGCCUGGUGUGACUGUCAUGUUAGUUCAUUUAAUGUCUGUGGUGGCAGCAGGGAUUUUUUUCAUACACCAAUGUCAAGACUAAUCUGCAUGUCCUUAUAAAAUAAAUAAUGAUGACUUAGUGUGUACAAUAAGUCAUCAUUGUACAGGUCCAGUGUGUAAAAUUUGGGGCAAUCUAAGAACAGACAAAUUAAUAAUAACAAUUUUCAUUCAUCUACUUUUCCCUAAAAAUUGAGAGCGGUUGUGUUUUCAUUAACUUCUCCAAAUUAAACACUGGUUCUUUGGAAAGCUUUUCAAGUUGGCCACCAUACAUACAUAUAUACACGGAUUGAAAGCAUGAGGCAAAAGAUAUUCAGUAGGGUGCAAUAUGCAACUUUGCCCAUAGAUGCCACUAAAUCCUACACACUGGUCCUUUGAAGUGUUGGACCACUGCUAAGCUGCUAUUCACGUUGAGAUAACACUAACUCUGUAUUUUAUAGACAUUUCUCAUGGCAGUCUUGUUGUGUCUCAGUAGGAAAAGUACACGAGUAAAUGGCCGCGUUCCAUUUAGCUGACUCUCUUCGGUGAUGCAUGCUGGCUCACUGUCAACACUGUCAUUUGUCGUUAAUGGUUAUUACUAUACACCUGUGCAUUUUCCUGCUAGGACAUGUCAAUUUGGCUGCUGCGGGAAAACGAGACCGUGGCAUAAAGUAGUGUGUGUGUGUGUGUGUAUGAAAAGCAUCAGAAGCGAUUGAGCUAAGAGUGAGCGUGAAGUCCAAACCCUGUCUUCUUUGUCGUGUCCUCACAGCUGACCAAUCGUGGGAGCAAAGUUGGUGUGAUGGUUGGAUUGUCUAUUUGGGAGCUUUGAGAAAACCAAAGUGCUUAACAGGUUGUGAAUAUGGCGCGUAGAGUCUCCUAAACACCGUGUGAACGACCGUAAUUUAAUUAAUUUGGUGCUGAAAUGCAACAGCUCGAGUGACCAGUGCUUGAGAAAUUAGUAUUCUACAGUAUAUUUAAAUGAGGCAGCAUGUUGAACAUUGCACCGCUGAGAUUAACUCGCAUCAAAUUAUCUUCGAUUGGAUUGGUUUCCAGCAUACGUUGACACUGAGAGAAAAAACCUAGUGUGACAUGAAGGUGUAAUAUGUGCAGUGGGUUAGUUAUGAGUUUGAACCACUACAGAAGUGGUAAAGCUGCAGUACUGUAGGCAGAAUCGCUAGAGAAAAAGCUUUAUGUUGAGUUUCAUCUGCUGGUAAUUGAAAUACUCACAUGGUGGGGGAAACGACAGCUCCUCUCAUUACAUGAGAAUAUUUCCAUUCAGUCACAAGGGAUGAUCGAGGCAAUCGCCUGCAUACUGAUGUCUCUUGCAUUUCUCAUCCCAACACUGGUGAAAAAAGGCACCUGUGGAAAGUGAAGCCAUUAGGAUACAGACAGACAUUCAUAGGUACUGUCAAACAAAAGCCCCUUCUAUCUAAUCAGUUUGAAUAAGUCCUGGUCAUUAUGACAGUUGUGAUGCAGGUGUUCGUCACACUUUGUUUUGCCUAUUUUUCCUCUGGAGACGAGAGAUGCAGUGAAUGUUUAUCGAUAAUUGUGUAAUGUCUCAACUAUCACUUUUAGGCGCGAAGUGCUCUAAUGAUUUCAUAUAAAUCAUGUUAACACAUUCAUACAUGAGGUUAAUGGACCUUUAUGAACUCUUUCUGGAAGAACGGGGGGGUUUGAUUUUGUUUUCUUGUGAUAUUAAUAGGAACUGUCUUCUAAGAAACUACUACUGCUGCUGCUGUUGAUGGUGAAUGUAGGAUGUCGAUCCUUGACGGGGGUCAGAUACUGUGAAGCAGUUGAGAUAGUGUCUGGAGAAUUGGGUCCAUACAUUCUCCAGAGUUCAUGAUAAAUGCAGUGGGAUUUAGGUCUGGAUGAGAUGUGUUCACGAGGAUCCAGGCGAGGGGGUGGAGCCUAGCUUGAGCAUGCAGGAGGCAGGACGCUUGUUGUGGAUAAUCCUGCUGCUUGCGUUCUUAGAUGAGCUCAGUCAGAGCAUUAUCAGACGAGACCAGGCAGCUGGCAGGAUCAUCUCCAGUCACUUCUGCAGAUAUUUGCAUCCACACAUGUUCGGAGUGACUUCUGCAGACAUGUGCUCUCGAAGUUCAGACUUCAGUGCUCGCCUGAAACACACACACACUCCUUUUGUUUCAUUUCAUUCUUCAUCGCUGCUCUGUUACUUGCGGUCAGUGAUGAGAAGACGUGUAAGACAAAGAGAAAUGCUUGUUACUGCGAUGACUGAACCUUGUUCGGGAUUAAUGGCGUCACUCCUUUGAAAACACAGAAACGGUGGUUAAUUAUUUUUCUGUGAAACAAAUGUAUACACUAACAGACUUAUGCAUUCGAUUUCACAUUUGUGUGCAGAUGUGAGCACACCGGGUCGGCUUUUGUGUCCGCAGUAAACACCUUUCUCUCGCUCUCACUCUCAUUAGUUCCCUCUUUGUUGUCCCAGACUGACUCUCAGGUAAUGUCAUAAUCUACCUCUGUAGGUGAGACUAACUGUGAAAGAAGAGGAGCAAGUCAUCACAGCUUCAGAAAGCUUUAUUUUUACUUAUAUAUAUAAAACAAAAAAAUAAGGCCCACACCCUCUUUGAUUGUACAAUGUUCUUAUAACCCUGUCUUUCUUUUCAAUAAACAUUUUGUAGAAUUUGCA